GCCUCUCCGGGAGCUGGGUGGGUGAAGCGGGGCCCAUCUCCGCUGCAAUUGACAGUUUUCACCGACUGACCAGGGUUAGCUAUGACGUCCCUGAUCAAAAAGAUGAUCUACUCGGCGAAAGCCCCGAAGCCCAUUGGGGCUUACAGUCAAGCUGUGUUAGUCGACAGGACCCUUUACAUUUCGGGGCAGGUCGGCUUAGACCCUGCGAGUGGACGGCUAGUGCCAGGAGGGGUAGUAGAAGAAACAAAACAAGCUCUCACCAACAUGGGCGAAAUUCUGAAAGCAGCGGACUGCGACUUCAGCAACGUUGUAAAAACAACUAUCUUCUUGGCUGACAUAAACGAUUUUGCUGCUGUCAAUGAAAUCUAUGGGCAGUAUUUCAAGAGUCAUUUUCCUGCUCGAGCUGCCUACCAGGUCGCUGCUUUGCCCAUAGGAGCCCGAGUGGAGAUCGAAGGAGUGGCUAUCAAAGGGCCUUUCGCAACACUGUGACUCUGAGCGGCACAGCGCUGUCUCCUCCCUGGGAAUUUCCAUCUUGGCUUUGGAUCAAUAGCUCAAUUCUUCAUUUUUUUGUUUUUGUGUCUUAAUUCUUAUAACCCAUGUUGGAAAGAGCAAGUGUGACUAAACUACUCGAUGUUCAGGAAAUUCCACCUCAGGGAGAUUUGACAUGAGUGGGAGGCUAGGUGAUGAAUCCAUUGGUGCUGGGGGGCUUCCGCUCAGAUGCACUCACCCUGCACGGGGUGCCAGUGCUAUCGCCAUCACCGUCACUGUCACCAUCACAGGAAGGAAGGGGAAAGAGCUGCAGAAAGAGGAGCCAGUCCUGGGAGAUGGUGCGGAGCACACCUAAGGCAGUUAAAUCCUGUUAGCUUAGCAAGGUGGAAUAUUUAGUUUUCAUGAUACACAUAUGAUUAUGCUUUUGUUUGAGUAAAAUCAAAUUAUUCAAACUUGAAUGAUAGGGGUAAGGGUGAAAAAAUGGACCAGAAUUUUAUGCAGAUGAUAUUUUUCUAAUGGCAAUAAAGUAGACAUGCAGCCUU